AGAAGGGGAGGCUCCAAAUCCCCAAUUUUAGCACUCAGAUUUUGCGUGGAUUUGUAGAUCAAAUGGGCUCACUUCUCUCCUAACCCUAGAGCUCCCACUAGAACAGAAAAAAUUCAACUCCCUAUCUAUUCCCGAGCUAGCUGAAGAAGCCUAAAUAAUGAACCUUCCAAAGAGCCUCCUCAGCUUGGUAACAAUGUCAAACAAUCCCAUCGUGGGCUGUUAUGAAAGUUUCAAUGGCCAAAAAAGCCCCCAAAUGGUUAAGUAAGAGCUGCACAUUACCACAUAACCCCACCGUGGACUCAGAUAUGGAGCAGCGGUAUCUGUUCUCCCAUCUCUUGCCGCAGCAGGAUCCCAAACUAAGAGCUAGCUAGCUAGCUAAUUAUAGUACUCCACAAGCAAUGAGCUUUUGCCGCCUAGAGUCCAGGGGCAAUGGCUUCUUGGUCCUCACGAUGGCCAGCGCCGACGAGCACAACUACCUGACCGAGGAAGCCAUCACGGAACUCGUCGAGGUGCUCAAGAAAGUCGGGAACAACGCGGAGGCGAAAGGCCUGGUGACCACCUGCGAGGCCGGCACGUUCUGCGCCGGCCUGGACUACGACCACCACGCGGAGUCGGAGGAGCAGGCCGAGCACCUGGCGGGACGCGUCGCCGAGGUGAUCCGCCUGCUGCUCGAGCUUCCCGUGCCAACCGUGGCCGCCGUGCGCGGCAACGCGACGUCGCUGGGCCUCGCGCUGGCGCUCGCGCACGACCACUGCUUCGUAUGGGACCACGCUGUGCUCGGCCUCCCAGAGGCGCGGCGCGGGCGCCGGCUGCCAGACUACGUGGCCACGCUCCUGCGUGACAAGCUGUCCUUCGCGCGGCUGCGGAAGCUGCUGAUGCUCAGGUCGCAGACGUGCACCGGCAAGGAGCUCGCCGGAACGUGGUGGUCCACGCACGGCGCGGACGGCAACCGGCAGGUGGUGCUUGACAAAGCCGUCGACCUGCUGUACGAUGUCCAGGUCGGGGACGGGGCCAAUUUCGCCAAGACGAGGCAGAUGCUGUGCGCCGAGACCUGCGCCGCUGUGGGCAUCACCAUCACCAUGGAGAAGCACAAACCGCAGCCGACUCCCGCAGAGCUAGACAGUCAUAAAGCAGCGGGGCCAUCUCGGACAUCUGUUAUAACAGAAAAGAUGGCUAAAUGCAGGCACAAUCAUGAACCGUUCGUGGAUAUGUACAAGGAUGGAUCGUGAAAUGAGUACAUGAACAGGAAAGAAGUGAUGACCAUGCAUGUAAAUUUGCAUUCACAUAUUGUGGGGUAACCUGCUCCCGAGCUUUGAUCUAUUUAAGCAUGCAUGGACUGUAAUAAUUGGGAAGUUUUCUAUCAAAUUAUCGCACUUUCAUAUGAAUCAGGACUUUGCUUUAACAUUCA